AUGCCCCCUUUCUCUGCAACCGCUCUUCGUCUUCCGCCCCCUGUUUGCCUUGGCAUACUCAGGGCCAAAGAUAACAACAACCUCACGUGCCCUGACAGCUAUAGCAGCUGCGGUGUGCCUCAGGAUACGUCCUCUGGCUUCUGCCGCACCUGCCCUGGCUUCUGUAACACAUGUGACAAGCACAAGCCACUUCCUUGGUGGGCAAUAGCGGCAAUCGUGGCUGGUGCUGUUCUCACUGCAGCGCUCGCUGUACUGCUCUACCUCUACUUUUUUCACAAACCACCGACGAGUCAUGUGGCUGCCGUCUCUCUGGAUCUCUUUAUCGCCACUGUCAUUGCCGCUCCACUUCCAGUCACCUCCUCCCUUGCCACUCCCGGUGCCACCACUUUCUCGCCUGCUCUCUUUGCCUGA